GGGAAAAUUCCUGUCCUCUGAAAGUAAAUAGAAAAUCGGUGGAUUGGAGUUUUCUCAGUUCAGCGAGGUCUGAUAAUUUUUGUAGGCAGAGGUAGGGACUGAGAAUAUUUGUGCGUGAUUUUUUAUUUCUGCACUCAGUCGUCUCAGCGAGUCCAGACUAAAGAUGCUCUUGGACGCAGGACCACAGUAUCCUACCAUAGGAGUGACUACUUUCGGCUCCUCGCGGCAUCACUCAACAGGCGAAGUCACAGAAAGAGAAGUGGCUUUGGGGAUAAAUCCGUUCGCAGACGGGAUGGGUGCUUUCAAAAUCAACCACAGUUCGCAUGAUCUUGGCUCCGGGCAAACUGCAUUUUCCUCCCAAGCGCCCGGCUACGCAGCCGCUGCCCUGGGACAUCACCACCACCCGACUCAUGUCAGUUCUUACUCUACGGCGGCUUUCAAUUCCACCCGGGAUUUUCUCUUCAGAAAUCGAGGCUUCGGAGACGCUACCAGCGCUCAGCACAGUCUCUUCGCCUCCGCAGCGGGAAGUUUUGCAGCCCCACAUGGACACUCAGAUGCAGCGGGACACCUGCUCUUCCCAGGACUUCACGAGCAAGCCGCGAGCCAUGCUUCCUCAAAUGUUGUUAAUAGUCAGAUGCGAUUGGGCUUUUCGGGGGACAUGUACGGCAGAGCCGACCAGUAUGGCCACGUUACCAGCCCGCGGUCCGACCACUAUGCUUCGACCCAGUUGCAUGGCUAUGGCCCUAUGAACAUGAAUAUGGCCGCGCAUCAUGGAGCAGGGGCCUUCUUCCGUUACAUGAGGCAGCCGAUAAAACAAGAGCUGAUCUGCAAGUGGAUCGAACCGGAGCAACUAACGAACCCAAAAAAGUCGUGCAACAAAACUUUUAGCACAAUGCACGAGCUCGUCACCCAUCUGACUGUGGAGCAUGUGGGAGGACCGGAGCAGUCGAACCACAUUUGCUUCUGGGAAGAGUGUGCCCGAGAAGGAAAACCAUUCAAAGCCAAAUACAAACUUGUGAACCACAUCAGAGUGCACACCGGAGAGAAACCAUUUCCAUGUCCAUUUCCAGGUUGUGGCAAAGUAUUUGCUCGAUCGGAAAAUCUAAAGAUUCACAAAAGGACUCACACUGGUGAAAAGCCUUUCAAGUGUGAGUUUGAGGGCUGCGACAGACGGUUUGCAAACAGCAGCGAUCGCAAGAAACACAUGCAUGUCCACACGUCCGACAAGCCCUAUCUUUGCAAAAUGUGCGACAAGUCAUACACACACCCCAGCUCUCUCCGAAAACACAUGAAGGUUCACGAGUCGACCACUCAAGGAUCCCAACCAUCGCCAGCGGCAAGUUCAGGGUACGAGUCAUCCACGCCACCAACUAUUGUGUCACCGUCUACAGAGAACCAGAGCAGCAGUUCCAUAUCACCAGCAGUAUCGACAGUUCAUCAUACAAGUCACAGCACGCUGUCAUCAAAUUUCAAUGAAUGGUACGUGUAAAUAUUUCUGAAAAGACUGCAGAAUUAAGACUGCUUUGGAAUCAAAGACUAACAAGUCAGCCUUUAACGCGUGGACCGAGAGAAAAAUAAAACAAGGAGGCCAAAAUGGUUGGUUAACGGCUAUUUAGCAAAGAAAGAGAACAAUGCAUGGACAAGGUGCAAGGCCAGCUACCAAGUUUUACAUUUUCUUUAUAUCAAAAGACUGAAGUGGGGAAUCUCGAAAUGCAUGCUAUCUGCAGGUAGUGCCCUAAUUUUUGUACAUAAAGAUUCACUUAGUUCAAAAUGUAAUAUUUUAUUUUGUAAAUAGUUAUAUCACAGUUUAAGGGAAUUUGUGAAAAUGUGGUCCCUAGAUAUAUGGAAAUGAGAUGGUUAAAGAAUAUUGCGAUGAUUAGACUUGAUUGAACAGAAUGUUAUAGUUAUGUGUACCAAAUGUGAAUUACUCAGUAUUACUACAGUCUACACGUCAACCUAACCGACUAUUAGUAUUAAUGUGCUUUUGUAUUCAGUGCAACAUUUCGUCCAAGGUCCAGUUUGAGUAGCACAGUAUCAUUGUUGUUAUUUAAUGUCAUGUCGAUAAAUCGUGUAGUGAAAGCCUGAAACUCCGUGUCAAUCUGUUCAUGUACGUGAUAAAUAUAAAACUCUCUGUCCAUGCCUUGACAAUUGCAAGGAAUUAUUACCUGUAAAUAGAUCAAUUUUCCAUAUUUAUCCGCAUGUAAAGGACCGGUAACACAUGUUAGAAAUGAUCGGUAUUUAUGGAGAAAUACGCUCGUAUGUAAAAUUUAGUUUACAAUAAUGUUUGGUUACAUUUCGUACUAUAUUAAAGGAUUAA